UGGCUAUGAGACUGAACGAAAGGGACAAAAUCGAUCUCCAAUGGAUUAACCUGUUUGAGCGCGAGGUAGAAACCCGACUGCGCUUCGAGGCAGGCUGGUUGGAGGUGUAAAAAAUUAGAAACCUUUGCGCUCACUUUUUGGCAGGCUUGUCGUUAUAGUACAGCCGCUCACUUCAACACUUGUAAGCUAUGACAUCAGUUAGCGUGGCUACUUGAAAGAUCGCGCGCGGGGCGGGGGUGCAGCCGACGCACGUGCGCGGAAUAAGCAAGGCAAGUUCGCAAUUCUCUUGUCAAAUCGAUCGCAGCUCGGGAGGAGUGUGCGAGGCGCAGUUAUCAUCGCAGACUUCCCCAUCACUCACAGUCCCAGCGGUUCCGCAGGAAGACAGCUGUUAAUAACCUAACAAGCAUGUCUGGAACAUUAUAAGGUCAUUAGUCUACUAACCCCCAUAUGGAUUUACGCACUUCUUUUCUGAGAUUCAAACGCUGACGGUGCUUUUCGCUUUUUCUUUUCCGUCCUCUUUCAUUCAUCUCGUCGGUGAUGUGUGGCGAAGAGAUUCGUAAAAUAAUGGUUAUAUUCGGUUUGUGAACUCUCCGUUCUGCUCUCCGUGUGACGGACAGGCGACUAUUGAGCUGGAGUGAGUAGAAAGUAAGCUCAUUUAAAACAAACAUCCGUCUUCAGGACUCCUGCCACCUUCUGAAGCAAGGAGAAUGCCCUCGCUUUCAUAAACGGAGGAUCUGAACAGUGAUUGAGGAAGCGAGUGAAGAUAGAGGAGGACAAAGAAGUAGACAUGGCUGGCUCACAGGGAAGAGAGUGAACGAGAACACAAGACAGAAAGAUGAAGCUGUGGGGGCAGUCAGUGUGGCCAUUGCAGGUUGUACUCUUGGUCACCUUGGUAAUGUGUUCGUGCCAGUCGGUUUCUGCGGGUACACGGAGUCUGCGGGGACACACAGCUUCGUACCAGGUGAAGCAGGGAACCUGUGAGGUGGUGGCCAUCCACCGGUGCUGCAAUAAGAACAAGAUAGAGGAACGUUCACAAACCGUCAAGUGCUCCUGCUUCCCUGGUCAGGUGGCUGGUACGACACGUGCACAGCCUUCUUGUGUGGAGGCUUCCAUUGUGCUGCAGAAGUGGUGGUGCCAAAUGCACCCAUGUUUGGAUGGCGAGGAGUGUAAAGCUCUUCCAGACCUGACUGGUUGGUCCUGCAGCACCGGUAACAAAGUCAAAACCACCAAGGUCACUCGAUAGCAAGAACCAUUGAUGCUGUACCAAGAGCCUCAAGACUCCUUACCAACCCCUAAUGGAAAAUAAGACCCUCUUGUUUAAGACACUGACAUUGCAGAGGAUUCCAUACAUGUGAAAGAUGGACAAACUCACUGUAGACUAUAGAUGGCUACCUUGCUUCGACAGAAGAUAUGAGGAUGGACAAGGAUCUCUGUAUAAACCCGAGGUUCCAUUAAAGAUGCUGGACACACAGGUGCUCCUGUGAGAGACUGCAUUUGUCAGCUGAAAGUGACUUUUUGGAUUUCCACCGGCUGUCUUGUGUGUAUGUGUGUGCAUGUGUGAGACAGAUAGUAGGGACUUGUAGGACAAACUGUGGACAGUUCAGGCCUGUCUUGGAGCUUGUGUGUCUGUGUGUAAAUGUAUGUUAGUCAGGUUGAUGAUGAUGAGACAGUAGUUGAACACUGUUUAUCCGCUUUCCAGCACACAGCAAACUUUAUAUUCAUGUGUAGGGUGGGUAUUGCUCUGAAUGUGUGAUUCACAAGAUAUCAAUUGCUCUUUUGGAUCCAAUGUUUCCUUUAAGUCAUCUUGCAGUUCUAAUUAAGGUUGCUGAAUAGGAUCAUAACAACAAAUAAAAAAAUUCAUGGGCGACUUUUCUGCACUAGAUAAGAUCAUAUGGAGAAGUUUUCCAUUUUCUAUUCUUCUAUUGUCUGUGUAAGAUGGAAUUCAAGAGAGAAACAUUUAUUAAGCUUCCUUUCACAAAUGUGCAAAGUAGAAAUGCAAGUGAUUUAGUCAUCAGUAAAACAAUGGUAAACUGCAGUUUUAUACAGCUCCUCCUUGCUGUAUAAUGUUAUGUAAUGUGAGCUUUACAGACGCAAUCCCCUUCAAAAAAAGUUUGACAGCUGGCUAAAAAUCUAUGUUACCCUGUAAAAAGAUCCACAAACCACUUAAAGGUGCACUAAGUAAAUUUUUUUUACUAGAUUUAAAACCUAAAUAAAUUAAUACUAUGGAUAAAUGUGUUUAAAAUGCUGAUAACUUAAAAAUAAAAGUUGUUUUAUUCUGCAAAUGGCAUAAUGGACCAUGAUGCUUUGAUCACAUAACUUGCCAAAAUACAACUCAUUGGCAACCCCUAUAACCAGGCACUGUUGGUUUCAGAAUAAAUCAAUAAGAGGGUGCCAAAUGCUACGGAGCCCCUCACAUAAUAAAUAAAUUGUGCGCACGAUUUACUAAUUUGUUCCCUUGAUGUACUAAAACGUGCACACGAUUACUAUUUCAUUCCCUCGAUUUGCUUAACCAUGCAGACAAUUUAACAAUUUGUGCACGAUUUAGCAAAUCGAGGGAACAAAUUAGUAAAUUGUGUACACAAUUUAGCAUACUAUUUUUUUCCUGUAUGCCAUGUGCGGGGCUCCGUAAAAUGCAUCUGCAUAAAAAACUAAACAAAAAACUUUUGCAGUACAUCCUCGUCACUAGGUGUCAGUAUAAAAUUCUAGUAAUCUGUAAGUGAAACAUAACCAGAAAGUUACUUGGUGCACUUUUAAACAAGGAAAUACAGUAUCUUGUUUUUUCCAUUCUGCUUUCUGGUUUAACUGUGAAGCUCUCAAAAGUACUCUGUGAAGUUCUGAAAACAGGUUAGCAAUGUGCCGACUGAGAUAAUGAACAUGUUUAAAGAUAAGCUCCAAUGUCAUGAGGCAUAACUCAUGCCCGAUACUGCAACAAAAUAAAGUUUGAAAUAGAAUUAGCUUCACCAUUCAACACUGGUUUUCUAAUCUCACUGUGUCCCUCCACAGGCUCUAGCCUAAUCUAAACUUGAAUUCUGAACUUGAAUCGGCCCUUUUGUUCGCUCUUGCUGAAUAUUACCUUUUCCAGGGUUGGAUCGAACUUGCAGAGAGACGCUGUCCAUUGUGUCUUUAUCUCUGUAUGUCUUUCCCAGGACUCUGGUGGCUUGUGAAGUGUCGAAUGAGGUUUUCUCCCUACAAGACAGCCCUGUACGCUAGGCUCGCCCUGGGCCUGCCCAGACGUCUUCCAGGCUUCAAAGCCCCUUCAGACUCCAACCGUCUGCUUUGGGAGCUGUGAUGAAUGUAUCAGAACCACUGUGAUUCCAGUGUUGAGCCUUGGGAGAUAGGGUCGAGUGCCAUCUCGAAUUCUCAUUACUGAAGCCCAGGAUACCACCAGCCCUCUCCUGGGAUGGUCCAAGUGUAUUUUUAGGUCUGCUGCUAUUGGGAAAAGCUCAUCCUGUUCUCGUUUCAAGUGGUCAGCUGGAAAAUUUUCUCUUUUUUUUUUUUUCUGCAAAGGUGUGAAUGUUUGUGUCUGCCUGCAUAUGUUUAUCUACAGAUCCAGCGAAAAAGGCUUUGUUGUGUUGGGACGUUCUCCCGGGAAGCAGAAAGCCGCUAAAUCCUGAUGCGGACACAGAAUGAAGCCUCUUCGCUUGUCAUCCCGAGAGGCUGCUGUGCUCUGAGGAUGAACCUGAUACGUAGUCUGACCCAACAUCACAUUUGGUUCAAGAAUCAAUAUUUGAAGACAAUUUCUGCACCACUCCCUAGUGGCCGUGGCCUGUUGUUGCAGAUCUAGCCUGUCGCUGAGAGAAGAAAAAUGAGAUGAGAAUCGCCAGUAGGUCAGUGAUAUUUCAAAGCACAGCUGCACCGCAUUUGUAGAUGUGUUCGAGUGGUAUUGGCAGAACAAAUGCACAUGUGAGUCUAUGAUACUCAAAUGAUGUAUAUAUACACCCACUGUUUUUUAUACCACUAUGUACUUUAAACAGACUGGGAGGAGACGUGCCGUGCAUGGCCCACAAUUUCGAUUGGCGGAUCGAUGUUCUGCUCUGCCGGGCGACUUGAACCUCUUGUCGAAAUAAAGCAAAAGAGAAUGCCGAUUGCA